CAUUAGCUCAGCAGACCCAGAUUCACACUCAUGAGAAACUACCAGGCAGAAAAGAGACGUCAGGGACCAGCAGAGUUUGAACUGAAGCACCCACAGCGAGGAGAGCAGAGAGUGGACAGCUGAGGUUCUGGGUUCCUUGUUUGAUGCCUUGUUUGAUGCGUGUUUUGGAGCCUGUAUUCAUUGAGUCUUCUGAAAAAGGACUUAUCUUCAAAUAGUAGAAGGCCCCACAGUGAGCAGAGAAGAACAAUUUUAGAGGAGCACAGGUUGUCAGCUGUCUUCUUCCAGCUGUGUUCGCACUUAAAAACUGAUUAAGUAAACUUGUGGAUCUGUCAACCAAUGGCUGCUGUACGUCAGAUGGUUAUGGAGGCUUCUGGCUUCCACGUCCUGCCGGCUCACUUGAUGGCCUCGGCCAUGGAGGAGUUCCCCCAGCAGCUGCCGGUCCCCAAGGGCCCAGCGAGGGGCAAGAGCCGCUCCCGCCGGUCUCGAGAGGCUCGCUUCAAAACCCAGCCGGUCACCUUCGCUGAGAUCGCAGAGGUAGAAGAAGAAGGUUCCUCCCCGCUGGAGGAGGAGAGGGCACGGCGCUCCUUUCUGCAGUCUCUGGAGAACCUGCGGCGGAGCACACAGACCUCCACUGCCCACCGGCUGCAAACCACAGCUGCACCCCACAGACUCCCACACAGGCCAGCCUGGACUCCAGUGACUCCGACUCCACCCAGUGAGGGCGCCCGCCUCCUGACACCCCGUGGUCCUCGCUUCACCUUGACAGAGCUUCAGAUGGAGGCAAACUGAACUGAACCAAACUGGCCUUUCUGCCAGCCUGCCUGUGUGUGUGAGCUGCUGUUAUACAGAAGUCUACAUUUAAUAUUUACUAACAUGCAGUAUAAAGCUGAAGAUGCACCUGAUGCAAACCUGUACAGUAAUGUGCCAGUGUGUCAGGCUGCAAGUUAUUCUGCUGUAUAGUUAUGACGAGUGUAAAAGUAGCCAAUGACAGCGUGUUGAACAUUCUUCAGAUGUAUUCCCUUUUCUACCGUAGAGCUCUAUGAGGAAAACUUGAAUGAUGAAAGUUUGCUGAUAUUUUUCCAAUCUCAAGAUGUAUCGGUAUUUUUGUGUUUCGAUUCAAACAUUUUCUACUCGACCAGUCACCUGUUUAAAAAAAGUUAGUAUACUGAGUUACCACGCUGUAAAUACUUUGACUUAGCAAAGAACUGAGCCUUAAAGUGACCUGGAUGUCACUGAACCAGAAGAGAAACAUCACAAAGAUUGUUUUUUUCCCCGGCGUCACAGUGAUGAAAUCUCUGCUCUGGCUUUCGGUUUGGAAGCCUUUUACAAUGUUUUAUUUAUUCUUUCUUUUGUUCAUAACCAAGGGGAGUUGUAGAUGUAAAUUUUUAUUGCUGUUUCUGACUUCUGAAGUCACCUUGACUUUCAAUGAAAAUAACCUUCAUACUGUUUGACUUUAUGUUUCAAUAUGUGUUAUAUAUUCUUUAAUAAAUAUUUUGAAGUA